AUGGCGUCCAAGGAUCCCAUCGUCUGGAUCGAUUGCGAAAUGACAGGAUUGGAUGCGGAGCAAGACACCAUCCUGUCUAUUGCUUGCUUCGUCACCGAUUCCGACCUGAACCUUCUCGAUGACCACGGAUUCGAGGCCGUCAUCCAUCACAGCCAGCACGAGCUGGACAAGAUGGGUGAAUGGUGCACCAAGCACCACCGCGAAUCAGGCCUAACCCAGGCCUGCAUCAACUCUACCACCACAGCUACCGAAGCUGCCGAGAGCUUGCUAGCUUAUAUCAAAAAGUAUGUUCCCACAGCCCGCACAGCGUUGUUGGCCGGGAACUCUGUCCAUGCGGAUAGGGCCUUCCUCGUGAAGCAGCCAUACAAGCCCGUCAUCGACCAUUUGCACUACCGAAUUCUCGAUGUGAGCUCCAUCAAAGAGGCGGCAAGAAGGUGGGCAUCCGCCGAGCAUCUCAAACGACUUCCUAGGAAGAAAAUGCUGCACGAAGCACGUCCCGACAUCUUGGAAAGCAUCGAAGAGGCCAAGUUCUAUCGCACAACCUUCUUUCUGCGCCAAUCCUAA